ACGUAAGAUUGUUUAGUGCCCCGCAUUUGCCUAGAGAACUGCAUGAGAACAGGCUUUUCCCUUAACUUAAAAUUGCAGGCGGUAGUGAAGGGCAGAAACGACCAAACGCGUUCCAAAGUCAAUUAACGCGUCCCCCAUACUCUUGGCAUUUUAGCUUGCUUCGCCAAACCUUCAAUCAAUAUUCAGGAUAUUCCGGCUCUGAAUUCUUUAUAUUUCCACAACCAACUGCAAUAGGACAUAUCAGAAACUAAAGAGCAGCCAAAAUGGCUCUUAUAGUUGAUAAACACCGGCCACGCUCUCUCGAUUCUCUAACCUACCACUCGGAAUUGUCUGAGAGGCUUCGGUCCUUAGCCCAAAGCGGUGAUUUCCCUCACCUAUUAGUCUACGGUCCCUCUGGUGCGGGCAAGAAGACUCGUAUUGUCGCCACCCUAAAAGAACUGUACGGCCCCGGUGUCGAGAAGAUCAAGAUCGAUGCCCGAGUCUUUCAAACCACUAGCAAUCGCAAGCUAGAAUUCAAUAUCGUGGCCUCCGUUUACCAUCUCGAGAUAACACCUUCGGAUGUUGGGAACUAUGAUCGAGUUGUCAUACAAGAUCUACUCAAAGAGGUCGCUCAGACCCAACAAGUCGACCAGUCAGCCAAGCAAAAAUUCAAGGUCGUUGUCAUCAAUGAGGCCGACCAUUUAACUCGAGACGCCCAGGCAGCUCUAAGAAGGACGAUGGAGAAAUAUAGCCCGAAUCUGCGGUUGAUACUGCUAGCUAACAGCACGGCCAACAUCAUCGCGCCCAUCCGAAGUCGAACUCUCCUUGUGCGAGUUCCCGCGCCAACGGUUGAUGAGAUCGCAAAUGUCCUAGCAGAUUCAGCCAAGAAGGAGGGCUGGCCUGUGGUUAAGGGAUUGCAUAAAAGGAUUGCCGAAGAAAGUGGCCGAAAUCUAAGAAGGGCAUUGCUAAUGUACGAGGCCGUGCAUGCCCAAAAUGAGAAAGUUACCGACGACACACCAAUUCCGCCUCCGGAUUGGGAGGCAUUGAUCUCACAGAUUGCUAAGGAGAUCAAGGAGGAACACUCACCCGCCCGCAUCUUGCAAGUUCGAUCCAAGCUAUAUGACCUACUCACACACUGCAUACCACCUUCUAUCAUACUCAAGACGCUGACCUUUAAGCUCAUCGUAAACAUCGAUGACGAUCUGAAAUCCGAGGUCAUCAAGUGGUCUGCAUUUUAUGAGCACAGAAUAAGAAUGGGGAGCAAGGUCAUCUUCCACCUGGAGGCGUUUGUCGCUAAGUAUAUGCGAAUAAUGGAGAUGUAUUUAAUGAGUAUGGAAAUGUGAGUGGGCUUACUGUUCAACGAAAAAAAAAAGAUUUAUGCAAAUAGCUUGGGGCUCG